CACACACUGCCCCUCAGUGACCAUGAUUUGCCCCGGCCAGGGUAGCCACGCAUGGGUCUGUUGUUGGCACCGGGGGCUUAUUGUCGGUAAGGAUGUGGGCUUGUGAGUGCGGAUGUGCCCUGUGCCUGGGCAGUGCCAGGGUGAUGGCAUGAUACCUUAUACUAAACUCUUCUCUACUGGCACCGGAGGGGGCAUCUAAUCUGCUGUUUGGGUACAAAACACAUGGACCGGUGUGGGUGGCACAUGGAGAUGCCAUGCUGAUGCCCACUCUGCCUCUCUCUAGUCCUACACUUUUAUCUCAGGAGGGUGGGUACCCUUGGCACGACUUUAUCUGUGAGCACCCCUAAGUGCCGUCAUGGCGGAGCACAUGGAGCUGCUGUCGGAGAUGCCGGCAGUGAGCCGGAUGACUACUCAGGAGAGGCUGAAGCAUGCCCAGAAACGGCGGGCACAGCAGCUGAAGAAGUGGGCACAGUUUGAGAAAGAUGGGCAAGGAAAGAAGGCAAAGGGGAGGCAAAAGAAGCAGGGGAGCAAGGAAGAGCGAAGGGUCAUGUUCCCCCAAAAUGUCACCCUACUGGAGGCCGCUGCCCGCAACGAUAUCGAGGAAGUGCGUCACUUACUGCAGAACGGAUUCAGCCCAAACUUGUACAAUGAGGAUGGUCUGACAGCGCUACACCAGUGCUGCAUUGAUGACUAUGAAGAGAUUGUCAGGAUGCUGAUUGGUGCGGGUGCGGAUGUAAACGCCUGUGAUAGUGAACUAUGGACGCCUCUUCAUGCUGCAGCAACAUGCGGCCAUCUGCACUUGGUGGAACUCCUCAUCAAACAUGGUGCCAACCUGCUGGCAGUGAACUCCGAUGGGAACAUGCCCUACGACCUUUGUGAGGAUGAUGUGACCCUGGAUCAUAUUGAGACGGCAAUGGCCGAGCAAGGCAUCACCCAGGAGAAGAUAGAGGAGUGCCGCGGGGCCACCGAGCAGCACAUGUUGGAAGAUAUUCAGCAUUUGGUGGAGACGGGGGGAGAGGUGAAUGCCCACAACCCUCACGGCACCAGUUUGUUGCACAUUGCGGCUGCGAAUGGAUAUCUGGCGGCGGCGGAACUUCUCCUGGAGCACAAGGCGCAGGUGAAUGCCAGAGACCAGGAUGGCUGGGAGCCACUACAUGCAGCUGCCUGCUGGGGACAGAUCCAUGUGGUGGAACUACUUGUAGCGCACGGGGCCGACCUGAACUCCAAGUCACAGCUGGAUGAGACGCCAUUGGAUGUGUGUGGGGAUGAGGAGGUCCGAGCCAAGAUCCUGGAGCUGAAGCACAAACAUGAAGCUAUCAGGAAAUCACAGGACAAGCACCGGACAGCGCUGCAGAGGAGAACGUCCAGUGCGGGCAGCAGAGGGAAGGUGGUACGUCGGGUGAGUGUGACGGAGCGCACCAAUAUGUACAGGAGGGAGCACCAGAAGGAAGCCAUGGUCUGGCAGCAGCGAGGCUCCAGGGAGAAUGAAGUGGAACAGCAGGACGAGGAUGAGGAUAAAACAACCAACACAGAGAUGCAGCAGCACCAACCGAGCGCGGAGGCGGAGCCAGAGAAAGCCGCCAGAAAUGAGGGAGACGAGGGGCCAGCGGAGGGCAGCGACGUGCCAGUUUCCAGCUCUCUCCAAUCAUUCCAUCGGAACGGGAGUCUAGUUCCCGCCUCCAAACACACCUUUUCCAAGCGCUUGGACCGCAGUGUGUCCUACCAGCUGGCCACCCAGGGGGACACUGGCCCAGACUUGAGCAAUGAACGCUCCCACCACACAUUGGCUGAGCUGAAACGACAGCGGGCAGCGGCCAAGCUCCAAAGGCACGCGCCACCCCCACCCCCCCUGUCUGACUCUGAAGCACAGGACUCCUCAGGCUCCGCCCCUGAGGAGCCUGUAUAUUACACUACAGCAAGCGGGGAACCCCCAUUACUGAAACUCAUUGCUCCGGCGGAGGAGACCACUCCAGCUGAGAAGAGACCCUGCUGCGGGGUGAUGUGACUGGGGCACAGCCUGGAAGGUGUCACUAGCUGGAUUAAAGGGCCAGUAUCUUUUAGCAAACAAAGUAUUUUUAUAGGGGGCUCCUGGGGUGGGCGGAGCUCAGAGCGGCGCCUCGGCUCUUUUUAUAAAUCUGGAUUUUAUAAAGUUGCAAUGUAUCUAUAAUAUUA